UCACUUUGUAACCAAAUACUCAGAUGUGGAGAUUCGUCCCGCGACUCAGCAUGGACCCCCGACCCCCAAACUGGCUCUUUUUUAUUACAGGACUGCUGCACUGGCAGUGUGCUACGGUGCAAACAACCUACAUCAUAGACAAAGUGGGCCUGAGCCUCCUCCCCGGCAGCUCGGUGGACAGCGGUACAAAUGUCACUCUACUGUGUAAAGUCACCAUCAGCCACGACUCGGCCUCGGAGCCCACCUACCGCUUCCACUUCACCAAAAACGACCAGGAGAUCAUCCAGUUGGAGACGCACGUGGACAGGGCGAGCUAUGACCUGCUGCCAGCCCGAGCCGCGGACACGGGGAGCUACGGGUGUCACGUCACCGUCCAACAGAAGAGGAAGAGCAGCCAGGAGAAGACGCUGACGGUCACAGGCCUGGAGAAGCCCAUACUCCACCUGAAUAAGACCAGAGUGUUUGAGAGUGAGGAGGUGGUGGCUCGCUGCAGCGCUCCCUCAGAAAAGGGCUCUCUCAUCUUCUACUUCCACCAGAGGUUCAGGUCUGGAGACACGCAGGAGGUCAAACGAGCCAUGUCCAGCGGGAACACCCUGGAGACCAGACUGGCACUGAAGCACAUCGGAGACAGCCACCUGUACUGCGAAUAUGAGCUCCCCCUGGUGGGACGAUCCAAUUACAGCAACCAGGUCCAAGUCCUCGUCAAAGGCAUGAACAUCACCCCCGUCAUGAACAUCCUGCCCUCGGCUGAAGUGUACGAGGGAGAAGUCAUCGAGGUGGUGUGUAAGGUCGUGGGCGUUGACAUGAACGUGGACGUGUUUCUGAUAAAGGACAGAAAGAUCUUGAAGAGAGCGUCGGUGAGCCUCAGUCACAGGUUCAGGACCCAGGAGGGAGACUCGGGGGAGCUGGUGUGUAAGGCCGAGUGGGGGUCGCUGCAGAAAGAGACGUACCACACGAUCACAGUCAACGAGCUGAUCUCUAAGCCUCGUCUGACGGUGGAGCCUCCGGACUUAUUUGAAGGAGACAUCCUCAGAAUGACCUGCUCAGUGUCUGUCCAUGUUCCUGAGCGAAUACAGAACAACAGCCUCAAAUACUCCAUCUACAAAGACCACAAAGAAGUCUACCAAGGAAGAGUUUACAAUACUUUGGCCACUGCCGCCAAAAACGGAAACUACACCUGCAAAGUCCAAGCCUCGUCUCCCAGCAGCAGUUUCGUCAAGGAAAGCACCGUUGAGGUCGUCAACGCCAAAGUUCCUGUCUCCAAACCCACCAUGCGUGUAGUCGGCGGGACCAUUGUUUUGGAAAAGCCCUUCCAACUCAUUUGUCACAGUGAAGAAGGUUCUCUGCCCAUCUCCUACACGCUCCACGGUCCCAAGAACUACAAGAAGGUCAAAGUCGUCACGAGACCAAGAGAAGCAGCCAUCUUUAAAGUCACUGUCAAUAAAACCUCAGAUCUCAGCAACUUCCUCUGCCACGCCACGAACCACGAGAAACUCCCUCCGGAAUCUGUGACGGGACACCAGCUGCCAGUCUCCACCGUUAUCAUUGAACCAGUUUCCAAGCCCGUCCUGACCAGUGACCCGGACAUGAAGGACAUCACAGAGAGACACGACGUGACUCUGUACUGCUCCGUGGACCGAGGCAGCCCUCCCUUUACUUUUACCUGGUACAACGCCGACACCCGGGCCUCCAUCACCUCCGAGACCUCCUUCAAACGCAGGGGCGCCUACGUGAUCAGCGACGUAGGUACUCAGCACAACGGAGGAUACUACUGCGUGUCCAACAACCCAGCCAACACCACCAAGAGCAGCGCGGUCCUCACCAUCGCAGUGAGGAUGGCGGGUUGGAAAAAGGCCCUGAUCGCCAUUACGUGUUUGCUCCUGGUGGUGGCGCUCAUCCUGGUCAUCGCCUUUAAGAAGCACCUGAUCAGCUUCAAGAGGAAGAGAGGCCCCGAGCUGUCAGUGAAGUCCGCUGGUACAAAAAUGGAGCGUUUGAGUCUCACCCAGUCCGAGGUCGUGCACAUGGCGAACGCCACCCCUUCCAUGAUGGGCAAGAGCGUGUGGAGCGAGCACGUAUCCGGAUCUGAAUCAGAAAACGAUCACGACGUAAUCGCUCCUAAAACCCCAGAGCUGGACUACGCCGAGGUGCAGAUAAAACAAGCAGACCCCAGCAGAGCUCAGGUCAAGAAGGGCACAGACACGACGUACAGCGAGGUCCGCCAUCCCACACACGGUGCUCCGGAGGCGGCAGACAGCCAAGCAUCGGUGGAGUACGCCGAGCUGAACCACGAAGCAGAGGCGCAGAGCGGAGGAGGCGGUAACCAUGACGACGAUCGCACCGUCCAAGAGGAGCAACGAGACGAGACCCGUGAAGACGACGGUGACACUAACGACGAUACGGGAGGAGCAGGAGAGUGAAGACGGACACGGACG